UCUGUUAUUAUGCACACGUGAAGCUUAUUAGCAUGGUCUGACACUCUGAAACCAAUGAACAAUACGCAUACACACACACACACACACUCCUUCAGCUCAGAGACACUACCGAAACUACAGCAGAAUGUGUAGUCUGGAUGAGGUUCCAUUUAAAGUUGCUCUGGACUCUGUGGAGAUACAGUUGGGUCAGAAAGAGCCGGUCACAGCUCCUGAACUUACGAUCCCAGACUGUGCUCAAAUACUGCGUGAUACAAAGUAUUCAUUCACUCUGGAGAAAAAGAUCCUGGCUGCAUGGGAAGAACAGCAGUGGAAGAACAGGAAAGCCAAAAAAACACCCCAGAGUGUGUGUCCCACCUGCCCACCAUAUUGGCUGAUGUUCAGCAGCCCGCAGCAGAACCGCAGGGUGUGCCUCAGAAGCGCAGAAUUAUGGGAACUGGGCCCUCGCCCCCGCAGCUUAAGCCUCAGCGCUGCUGACUCGCGUCAGCUCCGCCCACUUCGGGCGGUCCAGUUCCUCAUUGCCGACACGGACUUCGAGGGCUGCUACGGUGAAGACAACGAGAGCUCGUCUGAGGAUGAUACUGUUCGAAGCAAAGGAAGACCGAAGAGUUCCGGGCCACAGUGCCCGUGGAUUUCUGCCUGUCACACCCAGCGAGGCUCCACCCCUCACCCCGCCCUUUCUAGCAUGCUCCACAAGGCCCGGCCAAGCUCUGCCUCCUCUGUAAAAGACAUACGUAGGCCCAUCCCCCCUGGCCUCAGCCAGACGCCACAGGGCAGCCCUCACAGCUCCAGAGCCCCCCGCAGGAAACCCGCAGUAACGAGAACCAGCGGGCGACGAAACUCACACUCCCUCCAACAGCAGAGACCCUCGUCCGCAGGACCGCUGCCCUCCACCAGGCCUCAGAAAACAUCCUCACAUGGUGUGCGUCCACGGACGUCUGCAGGGCUACAGGACGCUGCAGCAGAUCUGCUGUGCGCUCUGAGUCAGGAAGAAAGGGAUCUUCUUGAAGCUGUUACACAACAUGGAUACACACUCCACACUGCCAUACUAGCACUGCAGAGGACAGGGCCCAAGAAUCCUGAUCAGAUUUUGAGUUACCUGAUGUCAUGUGACCGUCUCUGUCAGCUGGGUUUUGAGAAGACUCAGGUGGAAGAAGCUUUGGAGAUGUUCCAGAACUGUGAGACCAAGGCUUCAGAGUUCCUGUUUCUGCUGGCUCAGUUCUGUGAGAUGGGUUUCCAGCAGAGCACCAUCAAAGAAGUUCUACUGGUGCAUGAGAACCAUAAAGAGAGAGCCCUGGAGGAGCUUAUGACCCGCAGUGGCUGAGAACUCACAAGAAUCCACUGCUAUGAAUCCUCAGCUAUAUGAUCAUAUCAAUCAGUCUUCAUCUCUAUUAAUGCAUUAAUUAAUCUUUAUCUUCAGCUCCAUAAAUUCAUGUAUAAAUACUAACAAAUCCUUCAGAAUGAAUUUAUCCUUUGUAGCUUUAAUACUUCAGGCAUGUCUCUCAAUCACCUAUCGAUGACAGAACUGUAGAUCAGUUUAUCAUGACGAAGAAUUAUCAUCUAGUUUACAAAAAAAAAAAAUGUUUAGCGUAUUUUGAAAAGAGCUAGGGACAGUUUGAAUGACUUUAAUUAAACAAUGUUGUGACAUUUAUUAUGCAUCCGUUAUUUAGUUUCAGGACUAUUUCCUAAUGUUUGGAAUGUAAUAAGAGGUGCAGAUUUGCAUAACCUUUGUCAAACAGUAUCAGCACUUUUUAAACUCUUUAAAACUUUAGGUACACUCUAUCAGUAUUCAAGUUUUACUGGCAUGUAGCAUCAACAGUCAUGUAACAGAACACAAAUAAUAAUAAACCUCUGAUCUCUGA